CCACUAUUAAAUAAGCUUAUUUCUAAGCAUCCAGUUAUACAAUUAAAUGAUCACCAUAUUGUUAAUAUUUCUACAAAAGAGUGCACAUGUCUUAACUUUGUGUGGAACAAGUCUUUUCAUGAUGUGUGCAAGCAUGUACAUGCAGCACGCCUAUUUAAUGAUAUAGAAAAUGAUAAGACUAUUCUAAAUGCAGUAAAAAAUGACCUUGUAAAAUAUUUUUACAAAAAGAAAUGUGCAGCACUAGCCGAACACAAAAACUUGAUAAUUUAUAGCGAAUCUACUAAAAUUGCAUUUGAAGAAAUCUUUCAGAUUUUCUCAUUGCAAGGCAAUAAUAUAUUUUUUCUAUACAAAUAUAAAACUACAGAAAAGGACCCAUUCUGUCCUAUUGAACUAUCUGAGCGAAGAACAUCAAAUGUAGGGGCUCCUAAG